CACUGCUUGCAUUUGGCUUUGUUAUUGUUAUUGUUAUCUUUUAUCAGUUGAUCAGUUUUGCAAAAUAAUAAUAACAAUGGUUGCCUACGAAAAAGUGCAUCCGGAGCCAAAACAAAGGCAUCGUUAUUUUCAUUAUUGUUGUUUCCUUGCGCUGCUUUUUACUUUCAUUACAUUGUACACGUUUGGGCUAUUGGCGCUAACUAAAAAGCAAGCGGACGAUGCCGAAAUCGCCGCAUCAGCAGGCAAGCGUCUAGUUUGCUACUAUUCUAGCGCAGGUCCUGCUAAGCUAAGCCUCUUGGAUGUGCCCGGCAAUUUGUGCACCCACAUUAACAUUGGCAUCGCCAAUUUGUCCAAUACUACGUUGGAAAUACCACCGGACUUGGCCGCAGUGCUGCAGAACGAGACUUGCCUGUUUCGCGAAAAGAAUCCGCAGGUGAAGCUAUUGCUAUGGAUUGGUGGCGGCGACAGCGGACAUGAGUUUGCCGAAAUGGUAGUGAAUCAUGAGACACGCAAGCAGUUUAUACGCUCAGUACGUGACGUGCUGAAGCAGUAUCCCAGCUUAGAUGGCAUCGACUUGGAUUGGGAGUUUCCCAGCGCAUGCGAUAAAGAGCGCCAGCAUUUUUCACAGCUGCUCUAUGAGAUACGCAUGGAGUGGAUACGCGAGAAGCUACCCGAUAAUAUACUUAGCUUGGCAGUGGCAGCGCCAGAGGGCAUUGCCUAUUUUGCCUAUGAUAUGCAACAGAUCAAUUUGUAUGUGGACUAUGUGAAUCUAAUGGCCUACGAUUUUCAUUUCUAUCGCAAGGAUAUGCCCUUUACCGGCUUGAAUGCCCCGCUCUUUGCACGCGCCAAGGAGAGUUCCAUUAUGGCCACCUUUAACAUCAACUAUACGGUGAACUGGUGGCUAAAGAAUGGACUAGAGCCGCAACGCUUGGUAGUAGGCCUGCCCACAUUUGGACAUUCCUAUACUCUAGUCAGUCCCUUCAAUAGUCGCGUGGGUGCACCAGCCCGUGGCAUUGGCAAAUGCGGCGAAGCUGGCUUCACUACACUGACAGCGACCUGUGAAUGCAUCAAGACGUUCUUUGCGCCGAACUUGUACUUCGAUAGGCAGACCUGUUCACCCUAUUUGAGCGCUAUAAUGGAAUGGAUUUCGUAUGAGAAUGCAGCAAGCAUUUCCUGCAAGGCUCAUUAUAUCAAAGCAAUGAACUUGGGCGGCAUUAUGGUAUUCUCACUCAACACGGAUGAUCUCAAGAACAAGUGCGGCUACAUGGGUCCGCGGGCUCAUACGCCAGCGUUUCCGCUGGUGGAGACCGCCAAGCGCAUUCUAUUGCCGCAUUACUAAGUCAAGGCUAUGCUGCUCCCCCCCCGCCCCGCCCCUCCCAUCCUGUAUUAGUUUUUAGUUUAGAUAAAACGCAUAACGCAUAUGGCUGUAUUAUUUUUUAUAUUUGUUUUUAGUCAAUCCUACCAUUAAGCACGCACGGAGUUUUAUGUACAGAGUAUAAUACCAACAACAAAUUUUAAUAUUCUCUAUGUGUACUACAACAUAAUACACUAUAUAUGUAUAUAUAUAUACGAUAUCAAUACGUGUUAAUAAUGCAAUAAAAAAUCCUUAGAUCAA